AUGUGCUUUUUGUGGAAAAAUGCGAUAUUUCUGUUGCUGCUGCUCAUCUAUUCUGUCAGUGGAGACGAAGAAAACGGAGGCAGGAGCGUGAUUAGAAAGAAGCGGCAAUUCUUCGGUGGCGGCAGCUUUGGUGCAUUAUCAGUGGGACCAUUCUUCAAUAUUGGCUGGGGUCGUUUUGGUGGUGGUGGUUUGGGAUGGGGAGGUCCUUGGGGGUACGGUGGAUGGGGCGGACCUUGGGGAGGAUUUUGGGGUUGA